AUGGCAAAUAGUAGUGAUGAAGAACAACCAACAACUCCAUCACCUCAUUAUGAUAAUGAUGUGAAUGACGAUGAAUGCCAUCCAAACUCUGAUGCGGCAGCGGCCGAUGAAGCCCAACAUGAGGGUGAAGAACCUGAUGCUAUUCCAAAUCCCACGGUGGAAAGGGGGCCUUUCAUUCUUUGCGAGGUAAACAGGAACAGAGUAUGCAUUCCACUAAAAGUUAGGUUAUAUCAAGCAGCUUUAAAGGGUGAUUGGAAGACAGCCAAAUCCAUAUUUGACAUAGAUUCAUCAGCUAUUACUAUGAAGAUUACUGAUGCUGAUGAAACUGCUCUUCAUAUUGCUGCUGCUGCAAAGCAUAUUCAUUUUGUUGAAAAUUUGGUCGAUCUUACCUCUUCCUCUGCUUUAGCUGCUACAAGUGGAGAGGGAUACACUGCCCUUGCUUUUGCAGCUGCAUCAGGAGUUGUGAGAAUGGCUAAAGUAAUGGUUGACAAGAAUUCCCAUCUUCCAAAUCUUCAUGAUCUUUAUAUACCAACCCCUGUUUUAAUGGCGGUAGCUUACGAACGCAAAGACAUGGCUUCUUUCCUUUUCUCCAACACUAAUUUUGAAGCUCUGCUUCCUUCUGAGCAGAUUAAGCUUCUGAUUGCUACCAUUUCCUCUGACUAUUACGAUAUGGCAUUGGAGAUUCUGAAAAAGAAACCUGAAUUAGCAAGGGAGCGACUCCAAAAUGGCGAGACAGCUUUACACGUGCUUGCUAGAAAACCAUCGAUGAUUGGUAGCAACACGGAGCUUAGCUUUUGGAAAACAUCCAUAAACUCUCGCUUUCCCAAAAUUUACCACACAGCUCUGAUGCAGACAUUAGCCCAUCAAAUCGUGGAACGUCUAUGGAAUUUUGUUCUCGGGAAAUCUACAAUGCUAGAGCUACAUGAGUUUAUAAAACAUCCCACAAGGUUAUUGCACGAUGCUGCAAGAGUUGGAAAUGUUGAGUUCUUGAUAAUACUCAUUCGCUCAUAUCCUAAUUUGCUAUGGAAAUGUGAGGAUGAAGGCAAAAGCAUAUUUCAUGUAGCAGUUGAAAAUCGACAAGAAAGUGUGUUCAAUUUAAUAUAUGAGCUCGGAGGCCUCAAGGAUUUUCUUGCCAACUUUCACGAUAAACAAAAAAAUUUUAACAUGCUACACUUUGCUGGAUUACUAGCAACUCCAAAUCACUUGACCAAAGUUUCAGGAGCAGCUUUACAAAUGCAACGUGAGCUUUUAUGGUUCAAGGAAGUAGAGAAACUCGUACUAUCAUCUCAUCUUCAAAUGAAAUGUGAUCCGAAUCUAGAACUUUUCGAGGUGACAAUAACAAAAGGCCGAGUUGAUAAACUAACACCUCGCGAGCUCUUUACAAAAGAACACGAACAACUACAAAAACAAGGCGAGGAAUGGAUGAAAACUACGGAGAACUCAUGCAUGCUAGUGGCGACGCUAAUUGCGACGGUAGUUUUCGCAGCAGCGUUCACAGUUCCAGGAGGAAACGAUGACAAGGAAGGGAUUCCUAUAUUUUGGCAGAAUAAAGUGUUUACAGUAUUUGUAAUAUCCGAUGUUGCAGCUCUUGUGUUGUCUACAACUUCUAUACUCACGUUCCUAUCAAUCUUGACGUCACGGUAUGCAGAAGAAGAUUUCUUAGUGUCGUUGCCGAGCAAGCUAUUGUUUGGGCUAUUGACGCUAUUCGUUUCUAUUGCAUGCAUGGUGGUGGCUUUCGGUGCAGCCUUCUUUAUUGCAUAUGAUAAAACAAAGACCAAGAUUCCACGGGCCAUUGGAACAGCAGCGAUCCUUCCACUUGGGUGUUUUUGUCUGUGUCACUCUAAACUUGUAGUGGACAUACUGCGAUCAACUUAUUGGUCUAUAUUCUCUUUCGGGUACCCUAAGAAAAGGUUAUUUUAGUGUAUAAUUUUGCUUGGGCUUUGUCAAAUGUUAGGCGAGGUUCUUCCUCAAUUCAACUUGACUUGUGUAAUA